AGCUCUUAUCCGCAGGCUUGAACUCCCAAUCUUUGAACGUAAGGACAUCUCAACACUCACUUCACUGCUUCUACCUCAACACUUCCAUCAUCACCUAGUCGCGACUUCGACCCGGCCUGAUGGAGACUGCCCACUCUUCCCUGGUCCACUGAACAAUCCGCGGGCAGCCUACCCCAACUCUGAAAAGUCUUAGCCCACUAUGCAUCUCAGAUUUCGCCGUUUUUUUCGCCGUUCGCGACGCAUCUGGCUCAGAGUCGCUCUUAUCUAUGUUGCAUUCUUUCUCACCUGGGACACUUACGAGCUGUUGCGCUCCCCAUCUACCCAAAACGUCUCAUCAUCGUACCAUCCCAACCCCAACGAGCGCUUUUUCAUAGCAAGUAUUCAUUGGAACAACGAGAAAAUAUUAAGGUCGCAUUGGAAUCGCGCUGUUGUGGAUCUUGUAAAGUAUUUGGGUGCUGAAAACACAUAUGUUGCUGUCUUGGAAAGCGGCAGCUGGGACGACAGCAAGGGCGCGCUUCGGGAUCUGGAGGCCGAUUUGUUAGGCAUGCAGGUGCCGAAUACAAUCGUGCUCGAGGAAAGCACGCAUGAAGACGAAAUGUCCCGGAUUCCGCCUCCCGAUAAACAUGGCUGGAUGUGGACAGCAAGGAAAAAGAUGGAAUUGCGCAGGAUACCGUACCUGGCCAACCUGCGCAACCGUGUCAUGGACAUGAUGCCCCGUGCCAACGAUACCGACCCCAGACCUUUUACGAAGGUGUUAUGGCUGAACGAUGUUGUUUUCACUGUCGACGAUGUUCUCACCUUGCUAUCUACCAACUCUGGCCACUAUGCUGCCGCCUGCGCUUUGGAUUUCUCAAAACCCCCUUUAUAUUAUGAUACGUUCGCUCUCCGCGAUAUCAGCGGAGCCCAACCCGUCACCCAAACGUGGCCAUAUUUCCUAGCAUCGGCCUCACGCGCCGCUAUCGUUUCAGAUCAGGCUGUCCUAGUGCAAUCCUGUUGGAAUGGCAUAGUGGCCAUGGAUGCAGAUCCUUUUUACGCAAACUCGCCUCUAAGAUUUCGUGGCAUCUCCGAUUCUCUCGCGUCCCUGCACCUUGAGGGAUCCGAAUGUUGUCUGAUACAUGCCGAUAAUCCAUUGAGCAGUGUAAAGGGUGUGUGGCUGAAUCCCGAUGUUCGUGUUGGAUAUAAUGUUGAUGCUUAUGACAUUGUCAAAGCGUCUCCAAAUCACUCUUGGCCAUCUUUCCACUCGCGAUUUACAGGAAUAUGGAUCAACCGGUUGGCCCGAUGGGUUGGCACUCCAAGUCGUCUCCUUCAACACCUAGUAGUACUCUCAAGGCUAAGGCAGUGGAAAUCGGCGUCCCCCACAAAAAACCCUAGGAUAGAACCAGGGAUUUAUUGUCUUAUCAACGAGAUGCAGGUAUUAGUAAAGAAUGGUUGGAAACAUCUCUAG